UCGAUCAAAACAAAAUACUAAGAAUCGAUUUUUCAUAUCCAAAGACUCAAAUUAUGCCAAAAAGAAACAAAAGACAAGAAAAGACUGAUGAACAUGAAGGAAGRCCGCCAGGUCUUACACUCGCGAGCUUUGUUCAACUUCCAGAGGACACUUCUAAACCCACCACAAGCACUGCAGACCAUAAGGCCACUCCAGAAGCUAGAUCUUCARUAGAAAGUGAGCCAUGUGAUUCGGACAAGAACGAGGGAUUUGAAAUAAUAGACAGUGCAGCUUCCUCAAAGCCAGUGUAUUAUGUUAGCAAGACUAAGAAAGGCAAGCUGCCACUUUCUUGUGAAAACAGAUCUAAAGGCAAAAAAGUUACUGUGAUAAGCAAUGUUACAGGCGAUGCAAACGCUUUGCUGCAUGAGUUGAAAAAGAGGGCUGGAUGCGGAGGGGUGCUUAGAGAUGGCACYGUUGAGUUACAAGGGGACAGAGUGUUGUUUGUGUCCAAGUUUUUGAAUGGUAGUUCUUGCUUGCAGCCUUAUAAACCCUGACAACAGCAAAGAAUGGCAUUUUAAAAGAAUGGAAUAUGAUGGUACCAAUGAGAGAGAGAGAGAGGCAUUAUUGUAGGCAGUGAAACCAACUAAGUGAUCACAUGAAAGGAGCUGCUAUGAUGCUACAAAGAAUAGGCUAUACAGGACCUGGUAGAAUUGAUAGGCCACUAACUGGGCUGAGCCUUCUUUAUCUGGUAACUCAAUUUCUGUGCUAAAAACACAACUAUACAAAACCUUGGCAGGCACUUCAUAUAUAUCAUUAUCCAUCAGAUAAAAUCCAUACCAAAUAUAUGGAAGAGAUGCAUUUAUCCAGUGGAUACAUGUAACUUUAGCUACCUACCAGCCCCUUUAUCUACAACCAGCCCCUGAGGGGGGAGGGAGUAAAGGUCUUGGAACCAGACUUUCCUGGUCAUAAUGGCUUCACAAGAAUCAGACAAUCAAUGAUUGACAGAUGCAUUYUAACACCUGCAUCACUGUCUGAUUCAAUUACAUGAAUAAAUCAGUAUAGAACUGAUAGCAGAACCAAUUUCAUUCCAUCCUAAAUGUUCUAAACAAUUAAACAUACCACAUUCUCACAGUACCAAUUGUACUUUUAAAACCUGUUAAGUAAUAUAUAAAGUAUGUAUCAUGAAGUUAUACAAGUUUCAGCAGUGCUGCUUAAAUUUCAGAGAAUAAAUUACAAAGUCAACCUUGCCAAUGUGCAGUGUUUUACUAUUUCAAACAGAAAGCAGUGAUACUGUACAAGUAGUUACAGAUCAGGACAAUAAAUAGUAAAUCAUAUAAUCAUUAGACGAAGAGGAAAAAUUAGAAAGUAAUCAAUGAUAAACAAAGAGAAUAAGGGUGCACUGCUUUAUAAUAGCYUAACUAUUGAUUGGAAAGAGUUCUCCCAAGCAAUGCGCAUAGCUUCCUUGAUCUUCUUUGAAAGUCAGUAUUUAUUUAUUUGAUAAUAAACGUUCUUGUUAUUUUCUA